ACGGUGUGAUGUUGAUGUUUUGGCUCAGUUGAAGAGGCGUGACGUUUAAUGCUAGUUUUGCACAGAGGACAUUUGCCGUCUUCCUUUUCCCCCCGCUGCAGUUUACUUUUAAUACAGCUGUCUGAGAGAUGUCUGAAAGCUCCAGUGACACAGAGUCAUCCUGCGGAUGGACCGUCAUUAGUAAUGAGGGUUCGGAUAUUGAGACACUGGGGCCGGAUAAUGCUGGUGAGUGUGAGGAUGGAGCUGUUAGCCUGCCUUCAGAUGUUCCCGAUGCCACACAGGUUGAGGAUGGUUUGGGAGAGACUUCACUCGACCUUACACUGCGAGCGGAGGCCACAUCUGAACCUGUCAGAGAGGCUGAUGCUGGUGCAGAAGAGCAUGUGAUUCUCUGCUCCUCCAGUGACAACUCUGACAUCAUCACCCUUGGUGACGCUCGGGAGGCGGAGACUGAGGAGGAGCCUGUUGCUAAGGAGACUGAGGAAGCAGGAAGUGAGGAUCUCGGAAGCUCUUCCAGCAGCCAGUACACGUUUAGAGAGUCGGAGAAAGCCUGGUGCUGGAGUGUGUGGGGAUUGUCCAGGUGUGUGUGGGAAUACAGCAGUCGCUCUCUCUCAGUGUUCCCGGUGGAUCCUCCAGUGCAGGGAGACGACAGUAACAGCAGCACUGAUGAUAAUGAUGAUGAUGAUGAUGAGAUGAAGGCCAGUCCUGUGCUGAGGAGACGCAGAGUGAGGAGGAGCUCAGAGUCUGGAGACCCGCAGGAGAAACACAGGAAAGCGGAGGAGGUUGUGGAGGAGAUUGCGGCUCAUCCGGACCCCCACGCGGCUCAGCAUGAUCUGGGUCCCGUCAGCAGCUCCCUGAACAAGUGUAUCCUGCUAGCGCUGCUCAUCGCCAUCAGCAUGGGCUUCGGACACUUCUACGGCACAGUGCAGAUUCAGGAGAGGCAGAGGAUUGUGGAGAAGAGUCGUGUGAAUGAGCUGGACGUGCCACUUAAAAGAGAGCUGGAUGUUAAGAAUAAGGACGUGCUUGAGAGGUUAAGGGAAGAUCUAGAAGAAAAGCAGGACAUGGUUUUGUCCCUCUCGAGUGUCAUGGAUAAAAUAACUAAAGAAAACCAGCAUCUCAGAGUCAAACAGGAAGAGUUACAGGCCCAAAGACGAGAUUUAUUCGAGCAGCUCUUGCAAACCAAAAGCCAGAUGGAGAGCGGGCAGAAGGGUCUGACCACCGAGAACCAGAAGCUUAAAAUCUCUCUUGAGCGAGAAGAAGCUUCUCUGUCGGCCCUUCAGGAGGAGCUGUUGGUCCUGCGGGGACAGAUCCGAGAGCUGGAGGACAGAGGAGCCGGAGCCCAAUCCAUCCAGAGCGAAAACCGGCGGCUGAAGGGACACUUGCAGGAGGAGAAGCAGAAACUGCGCAUCUUCAUGAGCCAGAGAGAAGCUCUGAUGGCUGAGGCUCAGCUGCUGCGGAAAGAGCUGGAAAAAGAGCGAAAAACCACUGAGAAUCUGAAGGAAGAACUCAAUCGGAAAGAGGAGACCGGAGAACUGCAGGCAAAACUGGAGGAGCUGGAAAACAAGCUGAAGUUUGAGCAGCAGCGCUCUGAUCUGUGGGAACGACUAUAUUUGGAGAUGAAGGAAGAGCGAGCGAAAGGAGACCGAGACGUGAAGAAGACGAAAAUCCCCAAAGACGGGAUGUUGGGAAAAGUGAAGGAAACGUUUGACGCCAUGAAAAAUUCCACCAAGGAGUUUGUGCAUCAUCAGAAGGAGCAGAUUAAAAAAGCCAAAGAGGCGGUGAAGGAAAACCUGCGCAAGUUUUCCGACUCCGUUAAAUCCACCCUCAGGAAUUUCAAAAACUCGGCGAGUAACGUUUUUAGUCACGAAAAGCGAUUUCAGGAGCAGCAAACCUUCCAGCAGGAGCACGGAAACAAACGUGCUGACGAUUGGCAGCCGCAGAAACCUUUAUAUUCGCGCAAAUCCACCGCUGACUCUCCGUUCAAUGCCGAACGCAAUACGCGCAAACCCGGCGCACAAAAAACACCCCCCAAAGGCUGUUCAGGGGUCUACGAUUGCGCCUACCAGGAAUCGAUGAGUUUGUUCAAUAAAGCCAUGGAGCCCAUUCGCGCGGAUGAGUUUAAUGAACUCCUGCGCAGUUAUUUGCAGAAAGAAGUGGGUCAUUUCCACCACUGGAGGGAGCUGGAGAGCUUCAUCAAUAACUUCUUCCAUAACGGCGUCUUCAUCCACGAUCAGAUGCUGUUUACCGACUUUGUCAGCAGCGUUGAGGAUUAUCUCGAGGAAAUCAUCGAAUAUCACGGUCUCAGCGACGAUGUGUUCGAGGAUCUGGAUGAUUAUAUAUAUCGGCACAUAUUUGGAGACACGUACCUAAAAUACUUUGGGCCGAGUCGCCCCUUGGAAGGGCCGGGGUCAAAGGUCAAGGCGUGGCGUCCCUGCCAGCGCCCGCAGAGAAAGCAGCAGCAUCAGCCUCGACCCCACAGAGCCAAGAAAUGGAGCCAACAUUCGGGACGAGACCCGAACCGACAGUUCGCAGACGUCAAAAUAGAGCUGGGCCCCAUGCCUUUCGAUCCCAAAUACUAGAAUAAACAUUCCUCCUCUUCUCAACCACCAUCCGUCUUUUAGUCUUGCAUUGGAGGAAGCUUUGAGUUCACUUUUUCCUGCGAAUAGUUUUAGUUUUUGCACAUGUAAAUGUUCUAAGGCUGGUUGAGGGAUUUCUUUCUGCACUUUUUUUAUGCAGAUCUAAUUUUUAUUUUAUGCAAUAUUUAAUUGGAUUUUUCCCGGAUUCUCUAAACUCCAUAACAAUAACAACCAAAUUUGAUCAUCUAGGCUUACAAACCAAAUUACUAUAGAACUUUUUGCAUUCGGGACUUAACCCGAAUUGUCAAAAUAGAGCUGAGCCCCAUGCCUUUCGAUCUUUCCAUCUAUGCUUUUCUAUUUCUAUCUAUACUAGAAUAAACAAUAUUCCUCUUCUCAAUGAUGAUCCGUAGUUUAGUUUUGCAUUGGAGGAAGCUUUGAGUUCACUUUUUUUUGUCAUUUUAAUUUUUGCACAUGUAAAUGUCCUAAUGCUGGUUAAGUGAAGUUUUUAUUCUGCAUCCAAACGGCACCUUUUUUAAUGCAAUAUAUGAUUUGAUGUUUCCCGUAUUCUCCAAACUUGUGGAAAUCAUAUUGAAGGAUUGAUUUUUAUCAUAACAUUAACAACCAAAUUUGUUCGUUUUGCUUACAAACCAAAUUAAUAAUUUGGAGGAAGCUUUGGGUUUACUUUUUUCCUGCAAAUUAUUAUUAUUAUUAUUAUUUUUUGCACAUGUAAAUGUUCUAAUUCUGGUUGACUGAUUUUGUUUCUGCAUCCAAACAGCACCUUUUUUUUUAGCAGAUCCAUUUUAUUUUUAAUGCAGAUCCAAUUUUUUAUGCAGAUUUAUGUUUCCCGAUUUCUCUUAACUUGGAGAAAUUGAAUUUAAUGAUUUGAAUUUUUUACAUUGACAACCAAAUUUUGGCUUACAAAUUAAAUUAAUAUAGAAUUUGGAGGAAGUUUUGGGUUCAUUUUUUUCCUGCAAAUUAUUAUUAUUAAUUAUUUAAUUGUAUUUUUUUGCUCAUGUAAAUGUCCUAAUGCUGGUUAAGUCAUUUCUUUCUGCACUUUUUUAGCAGAUCUAUUUUUUUUCCUGGAUUCUCUAAACUUGUGAAAAUCAUAUUUGAGGAUUGAAUUUUAAUUUUGUUUUAAAUUCAUUACAUUAACAACCAAACGUCCCUUUUUUAUUUUUAGCCAAUUUAAGUGUUAUUUUCUGCAGAUUUAUGUUUCCUGGAUUCUCCAAACUUGUGAAAAUCAUAUUUAAGGAUGGAUUUUUUUUUUAAUUCAUAACAUUAACAACCAAAUUUGUUCAUUUUGGCUCACAAAUGAAUAUAGAACUUUUUGCAUUCGGGACAAAACCCAAACCGAUAAUUUGCAGACAUCAAAAUAGAGCUGGGCCCCAUGCCUUUCAAUCCUAAAUACUAGAAUAAACAUUUCUCCUCUUCUCAACCACCAUCCGUCUUUUAGUCUUGCAUCGGAGGAAGCUUUGAGUUCACCUUUUCCUGCAAACUGAUAUUAUUAUUAGUAGUAGUAGUAAAUGUCCUAAUGCUGGUCAAGUGUUUUUUUAUUAUUAUAAUUUUUUUUUUUUUAUAUACUUUUUUUCUGCAUCCAAACGGCACUUUUUUUUUUUCUUCCAUUUUUUUAGCAGAUUGAAUUAUUAUUAUUAUUUUUUGCAGAUUUAUGUUUUUGGAACAGAAUCUUGUGGAAAUCAUAUUUAAGGAUUGAUUCUUUUUGUUUUUAAAAUUAUAACAUUCACAACCAAAUUUGUUCAUUUUGGCUUACAGACCAAAUGAAUAUAGAAUAUUUUACAUUCGGGACUUGACCCAAACCGACAGUUCACAGGGCCCCAUGCCUUUCGAUCCAAAUACUAGAAUAAACAUUUCUCCUCGAUCACCAUCCAUCUUUUAGUUUUUCACUGGAGAAAGCUUUGAGUUCACUUUUGUAAUUUUUUAAACAUGUAAAUGUCCCCUAAUGUUGGUUGAGUGAUUUCUUUCUGCAUCUCAACAGCACUUUUUUAAGCCGAUUGAAGUUUUAUUUUAUGCAGAUUUAUUUAUUUCCCAGAUUGUCUAAACUUGUGGAAAUCCUAUUAAAGGAUUGAAAUUUUUAGGUUAACAACCAAAUCUGUUCAUCUUGGCUUACAAAACAAAUGAAUAUAGAAUUUGCAGGAAGCUUUAAGUUUACUUUUUC